GUCUCGGGUCCCGGAGCUUCCGGUGCUGGGAGGGGCGGAGGCGCCGGGGAUGAGCUUGGCAGUUUGCUGAGCUGGUGGAGUUGGGUUUCCUACUGGAAGGGGUUGGCCACUUCCCACCAGAGCCCCUGGACACAGCAUCCUCUCUGCGUCCCCACCCUGGGAACCCCUGCGGCCUUAGCGCCCUGAGUUGAACAGAAGUGCCGAAAUCCUAACCCGCGGUAAGGAGGGCGGGGAACGCCAGAACCCCCAUUCCAGCAGCCUGUGCGUGGAGGAGGUGAUGAGCCUUGGACAGCCCCCACUGCCUUGGCCCCAAGUUACUCAGGGAGCCGAAGCUGGCUCUGGAGACGCUGGUUUCAAAGAGGCCUGAGGAAUCAGUGACCUUCGAUGAUGUAGCUAUCAACUUUACCAAGGAAGAGUGGGCCAUGCUGGACACAAACCAGAGAAAGAUGUUCAGAGAUGCUAUGCUGGAGAAUAUCAAUCAUCUGGUGUUCAUGGUGUAUCAGGUCUGCAUAUCAAAAGUGCUUUCACAGUCAGAACAAGGAGAACUGUGGAGAGAAGGAUUAAGUUUUCUCCAAGUACAGAGUCCAGGCAGGGAAACUGACCAUAAAAAAGAAGAAAUGAUAACCAUGCAACAUAUCCCUAAGAAGGACACAUCUACCAACCAAAGCAGAUUUCUCACACUGAAGAGGAUCCCCUUGAAAGUAAUGAUAUGGGAGAAUAUUUCACUCACUCCAAGACUGACAUGGGAAAGAAACCCAGUGUAAACAAACAAUUUCAAAGAG